AUGAAAGCAAUAAGAAAAAGGAUUUCUUCUACCAACCAACUAGCAGCUCUGAAAUGCAAGUGGUCUCCAUUUACAAGCAGACAAUCAUUUUGGGAGAUUGGAUUCAUUAACCAACCUCCAGGUGGACCAAUGGUGCCUAAAGUAGGAACCAUGAACAAAAUCCAUGAUACAAUAGCUUCUUAUCAAAAAAGAAUUGGUUCCUAUGAUAAGCAGCUGUGGGAACAAUCAGUUGAACAGAAAGUAUAUAAGUCUAUUAGUCAUGUACCAAGAAGAACUGGACGAAUGAAGACAGAAUUCAUAGAUGUAGACUUAGUCCGAGGUUCGACCUUUACUAAAGCAAAACCACAGGUGCCUUGGACUCGCAUUACACAGAGGGCUGUUUUAAGGGUUGUCUUCUUUCCAUUUUAUUACAGAUGGUGGAUACAGCAGACAUCAGCAUCAUUCUGGCUUGCUAUGCUUGUUCUCUACACAUCGCAGCUGCUGACAAUGGUCAUUUACAUCAGUAACGCUGGGGAGUACCUUAAAACUGAUAGUGUUACACUCAGUGAGGUAUCAUUCCCUGCUUUACUGAUGCUAAUUUUGGGCCUAAUGCAUUCUCAGACUGUGUUGGCUCAUUUCUCCCAUAAGCCAAAUAACAGAGAUGGCCUCAAAUCUUCACGAGACAGCAGCAAAAACUGUCGGAAACGUUCAACAAAAGUAGCAGAUCAUAAAAAUGCUUUUGAUGGAUCUCGGAAAGGCUCAUUCGGCUACAAAACAGAGAAGAAAUGUGAACGUUAUAAACGGCGAGAUUUCAGUAAAUCUCGAGACAAACCGGACAGUAAGUGGGAAACUGGAACACAUGCUGAUGCUGACAGCAACACUGGUUCUGAUGAUGAGAAGGCAUCUGUACAUAUGCGCCUAAGUCAUAGUCAAAGCAGCAGCAGUAGCAGCAAGUGUGACCGUGUUCCUAACAGUGUAAGUCGUGCGCAGAGCAUUUCAAAUAAUUGUUCGGCUGGCUUUAGUUCUUGUUCAAAGAAGACAGGUGAGAGAAUGGCAAUCAACAAAAAUAUCGAAUCUUUUAACCGGACUUGCGUUGUCCUUGGCAACCGCAUUUAUAGCCGAAAGCUAGAUGAUGAUGAUGUCAUAGAUGGUUGCCAUCAAUUGAGGUCACAAUCUCAAAUUCCCCCAGCCCUUUCCACCAGUGCCCAGGAAGCAGAUCUCAAAACCAAUAAAGUUAGCCAAGAUUUGAAAGUAGCCUUCAGCCUCAAUGAAAACACAGUGUUACGGAAAAGCCGUAGUUUGGAUGAUUUACAUUCAUCAUGUGAUCUCAGUGACAUUAUUAAAUGUGACCAAACCAAAAAUGGUACCACAGCAUUUUCUGUCCUCUGUCACAAUUCUCCCAACCAACAAUUCCCUAACAUUUCCUGUUCCCAAUCACAUAAUAGCAGACAGCAUUCAUACUCAGUUUCAUCCAAAAAGAAUCCGUUCACACCACAGCCUUGGAAGGUUGGUUACACGACUCACUGGUCACAAGGCAACUCUGAUGAAGACUCAAGCACAUCACCGAAAGCUAAAAACUCUGAAUUAUCAAUGUUUAAUGAUGGCUUAUUUACUGAAGGACUAAGACAGCGUCGGGUACAGUCGAAACGAUGGAAGAUAAGUGAUGACCCAGUAAAUCUCAGUGCACUCUCAUUUGAGGCACCCAGUAUAAAAGAAAGUCCACCUCCCAGUUCCUCAGAGGGAGAAACCAUGCAGACACCUGAUUACAGAAAGCCAAUGAUCAGCUCCGAAGAGUGGGAUGAUCGCAUGCACUCGGACAUUGUGACAUCCAGUUUUGAAACAAGCAGUUGUACUUCUGAGACUGAAAUGUCCACAAUGCAAUCCAAGUCUCAAGUUGAAGAUCUCCACAGCCCAGGAUGGAAUUUAAAUAACUUGAAUGUCAUCAAUCUACUCCAGCCACCCAGUAAUUCUUCCACUGGUCACAGCAGUCAUAUCCCCCCGCCUGACAAGGUUAGCUGUGUCAUCUGGGAAGGCAAUGAGUGUCAGAAAGUUGACUUGACUGCCCUGCACAUCAGCUGGGUGAUCAUAGACAAGGUUGACCAGAUUCCAGACAGCUCUGAUUAUAUUUACAUUGGCAUAUUUUUCUCUCUUGUCAUGGGAUUAAUGCCUCCUUUAUUUCGAAUUUACAAUUGCAAAGAAUUUUUCACCGUGCUCUCCACAGAUGGCUUUUUAGCUGCCUUGCUUGGAAUUGGCAACAGUGGAUGGAAAAUCAAUUUGAUCAUGCUUAAUGCUGUGCUUCAACGCCUUUGUCUCAGUGUCCUUUUCUUCUUCUUGCUCUCCGUGGCUGAUCGCACGUUCAAACAGAGAUUAUUGUAUGCCAAGUAUUUUUCCUAUUUGACAUCAUCACGGGGAGCACGUAAGUUUGACCUGCCACAUUUCCGGUUGAACAAGGUCCGCAAUAUAAAAACCUGGCUGUCACUACGCUCAUACCUGAAGAAACGAGGUCCCCAGCGAUCGGUUGAUGUAAUUGUGUCUGCAUCUUUUCUCUUAACAAUUAUUUCUGUGACAUUAAUGUGUUUGCAGCUACUGAAAGACUCUGACACAUAUCUGGACUAUCUUUGUAAUUGGGAAUUACUUGCCUGGUCCCUGGCCCUUGGUGUAUACAUCCUUCGGUUUAUGACCCUAGGACUGAAAAUUAACCAGAAAUACCGCAAUUUAUCAGUGCUUAUCACAGAACAGAUUAAUCUCUACCUUCAAAUGGAACAGAAACCUCACAAAAAAGAAAAGCUUAUGUUGGCUAAUAGUGUUUUAAAACUUGCUGAAGAUCUUCUGAAGGAAUUGGAAAGUCCAUUCAAAAUCUCGGGCCUAUCAGCUAAUCCGUUUUUGUACAACCUUACCAAAGUGGUAGUCCUCUCUGCUUUCUCCGGAGUCUUGUCCGAACUUCUUGGCUUUAAACUAAAGCUCUACAAGAUCAAGUUCAAGACCUGA